AUGGUCGAGUUUACGCCUCUUUUGCCUUCUUCCCUCACACAGCACAGCUCCGGCAACAACACCUACGAGAUGAACUACCAACGAAUGGCCAUUGAGAAAGAGGCCCCAGAGGAGGUGGGAAUUGCGAUCAAGUACAAUCUUUCCGAGAGUGCCAUAUCAGACCAGACGCUGAAAUCAUUGAACAUCACCAUUCCUGCGGACACCGUACUCACUUACACGGAGCACAAGGGCAGUUCCAAGAUUCGCUCUUUCGUCGCCGAGGCUUCUCACGGGGCCAUUACCCCAGAAGACGUUCUCGUAACAGCAGGCGCCUCGACGUCCCUCUUCAUCGUCAACAGCGCCCUGCUGAGCUCGGGGGACCAUGUGAUCAUCACGCGUCCCAACUAUGCGACCAACCUGGAAGUUCCGCGCGCCAUCGGCUGCGCCAUUACGUACGUCGACCUCGAGUUUGAAUCCCAGUACCGCCUGGACAUUGGUCGCGUGAGCGCCGCCAUUCGCCCCGGCGUCACCAAGCUCAUCAGCAUCUGCUCUCCCAACAAUCCUACAGGAACCACGCACACCGGCCCCGAGCUCCGGGCUCUCGCGGACCUCGCCGAGGAAAAGGGGUGCUACCUCCUUGUUGACGAGACGUACUCGGAGCUCAGGUACGUCUCUGGCCAUUCAGCAGGGGAGGAUGCCGUUCCCGCAGCGGCUUCACUUGGCAGUCACGUCGUUGGCGUUUCCUCCAUGUCCAAAGCCUAUGGCGUUCCUGGCAUCCGCGUGGGGUGGCUCACCACUACCAACGCCCGCCUGCAGGAGACGUUCCUCGCGGCCAAGGAGCAGAUAAGUAUCUGUGGCAGUAGCCUUGACGAAAUCUGCGCGGAGCAAAUCUUGGCCCGGCGGAGCGAGCUGAUUCCCGCGACCAUUGCCGACAUGCAGAGGCGGAGGGAUCGCGUGGCGAGCUGGAUUGCCGAGGAGAGCGAGUGGCUGGAUUGGGUGAGGCCAGAAGCAGGAGUCAUGUGCUUUGUCAAGAUAAAAAAGGAGCCGGUUGGGGGGCUGGGCGCAUUCUAUUCGACGUUGCUGGAGAAGCAUGGCGUGUAUAUUGGCCGAGGGGGCUGGUUUGAGAGAGAUGAUAGCUUUUUCCGGCUGGGAUACGGAUGGCCAACGUGGCGGGAACUGGAAGAUGGACUUGUCUGCAUCUCCAAGGUUCUUCGGGGAUGA